GUCUUCCUGCCAGUAGUAAAGACGGCGCUGAGAGCACGAGCGCAUUUUCACACACCCCCAUUACCCACAAUGCAGCGGGGAUAGGGGCGGCUCAGUUUCUGCCAGGAGCUAAUAUGGCUUCCAUAGUUACACCGUUCUCUCUCUUCAACUAAUCAGUGACCUUACUUUCCCAGACCAGACUGUCGAGCAGGAGCUAAGACUCCUUUUACCCUGUGCUGACCGCUACUACAGGAGCGGUUGAAGCUAGGCGACCACCUUGCGGAGUUAAACUCCGUAACCUGGAAGCACCACUUCCGCUGACGUCAUUACGGCGACACGUGGAUCCAAGAUGGCGACGGCGAUGGAUUGGUUGCCAUGGUCUUUACUGCUUUUCUCCCUGAUGUAUGAAACAAGCACCUUCUAUGUGCCUGGGGUCGCGCCAAUCAACUUCCACCAGAACGAUCCUGUAGAAAUCAAGGCUGUGAAGCUUACCAGCUCUCGAACCCAGCUACCUUAUGAAUACUAUUCACUGCCCUUCUGCCAGCCCAGCAAGAUAACCUACAAGGCAGAGAAUCUGGGAGAGGUGCUGAGAGGGGACCGGAUUGUCAACACCCCUUUCCAGGUUCUCAUGAAUAGUGAGAAGAAGUGUGAAGUUCUCUGCAGCCAGUCCAACAAGCCAGUGACCCUGACAGUGGAGCAGAGCCGACUUGUGGCUGAGCGGAUCACAGAAGACUACUACGUCCACCUCAUUGCUGACAACCUGCCUGUGGCCACCCGGCUGGAGCUCUACUCCAACCGAGACAGCGAUGACAAGAAGAAGGAAAAAGACGUGCAGUUUGAACACGGCUACCGGCUCGGCUUCACAGAUGUCAACAAGAUCUACCUGCACAACCACCUCUCAUUCAUCCUUUACUACCACCGGGAGGACAUGGAAGAGGACCAGGAGCACACGUACCGUGUCGUCCGCUUCGAGGUGAUUCCCCAGAGCAUCAGGCUGGAGGACCUCAAAGCAGAUGAGAAGAGUUCGUGCACUCUGCCUGAGGGUACCAACUCCUCGCCCCAAGAAAUUGACCCCACCAAGGAGAAUCAGCUAUACUUCACCUACUCUGUCCACUGGGAGGAAAGUGACAUCAAAUGGGCCUCUCGCUGGGACACUUACCUAACCAUGAGUGACGUCCAGAUCCACUGGUUUUCUAUCAUUAACUCUGUUGUUGUCGUCUUCUUCCUGUCAGGUAUCCUGAGCAUGAUUAUCAUUCGGACCCUCCGGAAGGACAUUGCCAACUACAACAAGGAGGAUGACAUUGAAGACACCAUGGAGGAGUCUGGGUGGAAGCUGGUGCACGGCGACGUCUUCAGGCCCCCCCAGUACCCCAUGAUCCUCAGCUCCCUGCUGGGCUCAGGCAUUCAGCUCUUCUGUAUGAUCCUCAUCGUCAUCUUUGUGGCCAUGCUUGGGAUGCUGUCACCCUCCAGCCGGGGAGCUCUCAUGACCACAGCCUGCUUCCUCUUCAUGUUCAUGGGGGUGUUUGGCGGAUUUUCUGCUGGCCGUCUGUACCGCACUCUAAAAGGCCAUCGGUGGAAGAAAGGAGCCUUCUGUACGGCAACUCUGUACCCUGGUGUGGUUUUUGGCAUCUGCUUCGUGUUGAAUUGCUUCAUUUGGGGAAAGCACUCAUCAGGAGCGGUGCCCUUUCCCACCAUGGUGGCUCUGCUGUGCAUGUGGUUCGGGAUCUCCCUGCCCCUCGUCUACUUGGGCUACUACUUCGGCUUCCGAAAGCAGCCAUAUGACAACCCUGUGCGCACCAACCAGAUUCCCCGGCAGAUCCCCGAGCAGCGGUGGUACAUGAACCGAUUUGUGGGCAUCCUCAUGGCUGGGAUCUUGCCCUUCGGCGCCAUGUUCAUCGAGCUCUUCUUCAUCUUCAGUGCUAUCUGGGAGAAUCAGUUCUAUUAUCUCUUUGGCUUCCUGUUCCUUGUUUUCAUCAUCCUGGUGGUAUCCUGUUCACAAAUCAGCAUCGUCAUGGUGUACUUCCAGCUGUGUGCAGAGGAUUACCGCUGGUGGUGGAGGAAUUUCCUAGUCUCCGGGGGCUCUGCAUUCUACGUCCUGGUUUAUGCCAUCUUUUAUUUCGUUAACAAGCUAGACAUCGUGGAGUUCAUCCCCUCUCUCCUCUACUUUGGCUACACGGCCCUCAUGGUCUUGUCCUUCUGGCUGCUCACGGGCACCAUCGGCUUCUAUGCAGCCUACAUGUUUGUUCGCAAGAUCUAUGCUGCCGUGAAGAUAGACUGAUUGGAGUGGACCACGGCCAGGCCCGCUCCGUCCUCGGACAGGAAGCCACCCUGCGUGGGGGACUGCAGGCACGCAAAAUAAAAUAACUCCUGCUCGUUUGGAAUGUAACUCCUGGCACAGUGUUCCUGGAUCCUGGGGCUGCGUAGGGGGUGGGAGGGCCUGUAGAUAAUCUUGCAUUUUUCUUCAUCUUAUUCCAGUUCUGUGGGGGAUGAGUUUUUUUGUGGGUUGCUUUUUCUUCAGUGCUAAGAAAGUUCCCUCCAACAGGAACUCUCUGACCUGUUUAUUCAGGUGUAUUUCUGGUUUGGAUUUUUUUUUUCUUCUUUGUUUUAACAAAUGGAUCCAGGAUGGAUAAAUCCACCGAGAUAAGGGUUUUGGUCACUGUCUCCACCUCAGUUCCUCAGGGCUGUUGGCCACCCUGCGACUAACUGGAAGAGGACACGCCAGAGCCUCAGUGAGGUUCCAAGCCUCCCCCUGCCCAUCCUCACCACGGAGGCCACGACAAAGCACAGCUCCAGCCUGGACAGCACCCUCAGUGCCAGCCAACCUCUGCCAGACCUCUCUUUCCCUCUUCUCCCCAGCCUCCUCCAGGGCUGCCCAAGGCAGGGUUUCCAGCCAGGCCUCGGGGUCAUCUUUUCACCAGGAGCAAACCCAAGUCUUAGUUGCUACAAGAAAAUCCCCUGGAAGUACUGGGGGCCAGGUUCCCCAGACAGCAGGAAUCACCCCUAUUCAGAGCAGCCGGAGUUUGCUGGACCAACAAGGAGGAAGAGAAGAGACUUGCAGUGAACUGUUUUGUGCCAAGAAACCCUGGACCUGGGGCCAAGUAUUUCCCAAGCCAAGCAUCCACUUGUCUGUGUCUGGGAAGGGAUGGCCAAGGCCGCCAGGGUCCUUACCCCUCAGGAUUGCUCCCCGGCCCUCUCCCCAGGAGGUACCACUCUCCAAGGUGUGCUGGCAGUGGGCCAACUUCAGGCAGGACAGGGAGCCCCAGAGAUCACAGAUCCCCUCUUGUAAGUGGCCGGGCAUUCUCUCCCUGCCCUCUCUGGCCGCCGGGGUCAUACUCACUUCUUUAGCCAGCCCCAUCCCCUCCACCCGACACCUGAGUUCUUGCCUCCUCCUUUUGGGGACACCCAGAACACUGCUUGUGAGAAGGAAGAUGGAAGGUAAGUUCUGUCGUUCUUUCCCCAAUCCCCAGGAAUGGACAAGAAGCCAACUUAGAAAGAAGGGGCUCACGUGGCUGGCCUGGCUCCUCCAUAGACGCCUGUUCUUAACCUCUGCCCACCUGUGCAUGUCAUCACAAACAUUUGCUCUUAAGUUACAAGAGACCAAAUCCACCCAGGGAUUAGGGUUCAAGUAGCAGCUGCUAACCCUUGCAGCAGCCCUUGUGGGGCUCCCAACACAAGACAAAGCUCAGGAUGCUGGUGAUGCUAGGAAGAUGCCCCUCCCCUCACUGCCCCACAUUCUCCCGGUGGCCCUACCAGCCUCACCCAUCAAACCAGUGAAGUUCUCAAUCUUGCCUCACGGUGACUGUGGCACCAAGCGGCAUCCACCAAGCAUCAGGUUGGAGAAAAGGGAACCCAAGCAGUAGAGAGCGAUAUUGGAGUCUUUUGUUCAUUAAAAUCUUGGAUUUUUUUUUCUUUCCCUAAGAGAUUCUCUUUUUAGGGGGAAUGGGAAAUGGACACCUCAUAAAGGGUUCAAAGAUCAUCAAUUUUUCUGACUUUUUAAAUCAUCAUCAUCAUUAUUUUUAAUUAAAAAAAUGCCUGUAUGCCUUUUUUUGGUCCAAUUGUAAAUAAAUAUGCCAUUGUCCUACU